GGGUGCCCCCCCGGCCAAAAAAGAAAAAAGAAAACUGGUGGUGAUCCGGUUAUUGCUGGAGUAUUUUUGCAGGCGACUCUUGAGGCAGCAGGGCCGGCCAAGGGUUGCAGAUUUCACAUCAAGGGCAAACACAGAACCCCGCAUCUUAAAACCUCUACCGGGAGACUUAAAAUGCACGUCAUUUGACAUCUUUCCUUGCCCAGCCUUUGCUGGCCUUUUGAUGCCCCAGGAACGCCUCCUGUGACCACGCUGUUGAGAUGUUUUCCCUUUAAUUUUGAGUUUAUCUUUGCCUAAUCUCAAGACCCAUGCUUGCAAUUAAUUUGGACUAAGGAUCCUUCCGUGGCUGUGCCAUUGGUGAUGUGUACCUGGCUUGGAAUCCUUGCUUCACCUAUAGAUGUGUUAGGAUAACGAAUACCCAGCCUUGUUAUUCAUCACAUUAGAAAAAGUACGCUGAGCCCACUAGUGAUUUUCAAGGGACAAGGCAGUUUGGAGGAUGUGCCUCUGACAGCGCGGCCUUAGACGUGUCUGCUCAGAAGGAAGUCCAACUUAGUUCAUUGGGGCUUAUUCCCAGGUGGGUAUAGGAUUGUUGUCUAAAAUCAGAAAAUAGUUAAGGAGGCUAUUGGACUAGCGGGCAAGCUUUCUGAGUAACGCAAAGCUCCUCAUCAGGCAGAACAAAAAGUGGCACAGUGAGCGUCUGAACUAAAUGUGUCGGCAGCCGGCGAAGAAUGGAUCAAGAGAGAAAAUGAGGAACCACCUCCCGGGCGAGCGGAUGCUGAACAAUUGCACGAAACGUUAUCAGAAGGGAGCGAGGAUUUUCCCGACUCUGAGCAGCCUGAAGCCUGUAAGAGGGGCCUGGAAGCCCGCCGGGACGCGUUUGCGGGAGACCUUUGUUUCGACUACGAGAACGGCCCCUCGAGGAUGCGCGCGAACGACCGGCCGUUCAAAUGCGACGUGUGCGAGAAGAGCUUCCGCCACAGCUCCAGCCUGCUGACCCACCGGAGGCUCCACACGGGGGAGAAGCCGUACAAAUGCACCGACUGCGGGAAGAGCUUCAACACCAGCUCGGCGCUCAUCGUGCACCGCCGGACGCACACCGGGGAGAAGUCCUACGUCUGCUCGGACUGCGGCAGGUGCUUCAGCGAAGGUUCGGUGCUCAUCAAGCACUGGCGCAUUCACACGGGGGAGAAGCCCUACAAGUGCGCCAUCUGCGGCAGGGGCUUCCGGCAGAGCUCGCAGCUGCGUGCCCACGAGAGGACGCACACGGGCGAGAAGCCCUACGCGUGCCGGGACUGCGGCAAGUGCUUCAGCACCAGCUCCAACCUCUCGGCCCACCAGAGGACGCACACGGGCGAGAAGCCCUACAUCUGCGCUGAGUGCGACCGGCGCUUCGGCCACAAGUCCCACCUCAUCUCCCACCAGAAGACGCACACGGAGAAGCUGCACGCUUGCCCCGACUGCCCCGCCAGCUUCCGCAUGACCCACCAGCUGCUGGUCCACCGCAAGUCCCACCAGGAAGACCGGCGCUACAAGUGCCUCCUCUGCGGGAAGACCUUCAGCUACAGCUCGGCUCUGCUGGCGCACCAGCGCAUGCACACGGGAGACAGGCCCUUCAAGUGCCUCGAGUGCGGCAGGAGCUUCAUCCGCAACUCGGACUUGAACAAGCACCAGAGGAUCCACACGGGCGAGAAGCCCUAUGAGUGCCCAGAGUGCGGGAAGAGGUUCAACCAGAGCUCGCACCUGGUCAGCCACCGGAGGGUCCACUUCAAAAGCGCCGCCAAAAACCCGGGCGCGAACGUCGGCGCUCCGGCUGAGCAGGAAGUCGAGUCUUCCUGAAGGCCGCUUUCCGCAAGGAACUCCUUCUGUAAGUUAUGGAGGCCGCCAUCUGGCUUUCUUCUGAAAGAGGUUUGCACAGAGGGACUGUCAAGGAACUCUGUGUGCCGGAAAAACGAAAGUUUCUGCACCAAGGCAGCUGAGAUCCUUCACCGAGGAAAGCAGAGUUCUGCGGCAUUGGGUACCUUAUGGUUGACGUGGUUAAGAGCAGUGGACUUGUAAUCUGGGGAACCGGGUUCACAUCUCCGCUCCUCCACAUGCAGCUGCUGGGUGACCUUGGGCUAGU